GCAGGAAUGACCAGAAUAAAAACAGCAACGGCAGACUAAAGGGAAAAAAAGUGCAAUGAACCAUAGAAGCAAGCGUCUUCGUCCUUUCUUAAUUACGUAGCGUCCACUGUCUUUCAACUUGUGUUUUCCUUUUUUUUUUUUUUUUUUUUUUCCCUUUGUAAACUGGUGAGAGGUAAUUAGCGAGCUGAGGAUAAAACCAGCUGGUUGUAACAGGUCUGGGGCAUUUAGUAACAAGAUGGCAAGCAGAAAGGCAGCGUCCAUCCUUCAUGGAUUCCUACUCUUGGCUCUGUACCGGCCCACACUGCAAGGAGGUGUCUACAUUCCUCCUGGCACUGGAACUCUGUAUCCAGGAGGCUUUGGGGUACCAGGUUAUAAACCAGCAAAAUCUCCAGGUGGUUUGGGAACAGGAGGAGUUGCCGGAGUCGGUGGGGUCGGCGGUGUAGGCGGCAUCGGUGGCAUUGGAGGCAUCGGUGGCAUAGGUGGUGUUGGUGGUACUGGAGGCAUUGGAGGGGGUAUACCUGGAAUAGGGACAGGGAUUGGAGUAGGUGCUGGAGGAAAACCCCCAAAACCGGUAAUUCCUGGUGGAGUUGGUGGAAUUGGUGGACUUGGUGGACUUGGUGGACUUGGUGGACUUGGUGGAAUAGCUGGUACUGGAGGUUUAUACAAGCCAGGCAAAGCAGGUAUUGGCCAGGGAUUUGGUGGACUCUAUCCAGGAGGUGUUGGCACAGGGAUUGGUGGCACAGGAGUUGGUGGCACUGGGAUCGGUGGCACUGGAGCACUCGGUGGACUUAAACCCCCUAAAGUGGGGCAAGUGCCUGGUGUUGGUGUAGGAACAGGAGGACAGCCUGGCGUGUCCCCAGGAUCUGUAAUUCCACAGACAGGAGUCCGACCAGGAGUUGGGGCCAAACCAGGAAAAAUACCAGGUGUUGGCAUCCCUGGCCUCUAUCCUGGAGGCAUCAUUCCUGGGGGCCCAGGUGUUGCACAUCAAGGAACUGGAGUUGUACCUGGGGUUCCUACUGGAACUGGAGUCAAGCCGAAACCAGGUGCUGGAGGUCCAUAUUCAGUAUUUGGUGGAUUUGGAGGUGGACAGCUGCCAGGAGUUCCCUUUGGAUACCCCAUCAAAGCGCCCAAGCAACAAGGAGUCUUCGGUGGCCCAUAUGGUGGACAAUACCCAUUUGGUUAUGGUGGCCUUGGAGCUGGAGGAAAACCUGGGUAUCCCACUGCUACAGGUGUUGGACUUCAAGCAGCUGCGGCAGCAGCGCAAGCUAAAGCAGCAGCAAAAGCUGCUAAAUAUGGUCUCUACCCUGGAACUGGGGGCAUUCCUGGUACCUUUCCUGGCACUGGAGGCAUUCCUGGCACUGGAGGUAUUCCUGGCACCUUUCCUGGCACUGGAGGCAUUCCUGGCACCAUCCCUGGAACUGGAGGUAUCCCUGGUGUUUAUCCUGGACAAGGAAUUCCUCAGAUUGGUGCCAAGCCUCCUAAAUAUGGAGGUGGCUUAAUCCCUGGAGCAGGAACAGGUGUUGUGCCAGGAGCAGGAACAGGUGUUAUUCCCGGUGCAGGAUUUGUGCCAGGAGCAGGCGUGCUUCCCGGAACAGGUGUUGUGCCAGGAGCAGGCAUUGGAGCAGGAACAGGUGUUAUUCCCGGUGCAGGAUUUGUGCCAGGAGUAGGCAUACUUCCCGGAACAGGUGUUGUGCCAGGAGCGGGCAUUGGGACAGGAGUAGGUGUUCCUGGAAAAGGAAUUGUGCCAGGAGCAGGCGUACUUCCCGGGGCAGGAACUGUACCAGGAACAAGUUUACUUCCCGUGGGAGGAAUUGUACCAGGAACCGGUGUACUUCCCGGGACAGUAGUUGUGCCAGGAGCAGGCAUUGGGACAGGAGCAGGAGUUCCAGGAAAAGGAAUUGUGCCUGGAGCAGGUGUACUUCCCGGAACAGGAGUUGUGCCAGGACAAGGCGCUCCUGUGGUAACAGGAGCAGGAACCCCAACUGGAGUGGGCCAGAUCCCAGCCAGGCGGCCAACAGUAGCACCUGGAGGAACGCAAAUGCCAGGGACAGUGAUUGGUCAUACUGGUGUUGGUGGUACAGGUCAGCCAGUGGCAGGUGUGGCUUCAGCUAAAGCUCAGAAGCAAGCAGGUAUCUAUCCAUAUGGCCAUCAACUUGGACAAGGUGUCGUGGGGGUAGGAGCACAGCCUGGAACAGGUGUAGUUGGUAUAGGAGCACAGCCAGGAACAGGUGUGAGAUAUCCAACUGGACUGGGUAGCAAGGCAUACAAACCAGGUUAUGGAAGUUUGGCAGGUCAAGGUGGUGUCCCAUCAUAUGGUGGCUAUCCUCAGGCAUAUCCAGGAUAUGGCUACAUUCCAGGACAACUUGGCCAGCAACUAGCAAAACCCUCAAAGCAAUAUAAGGCCUUGGCCAUGCUAGGAGGAUACAGAGGAGGUGCAGGCUGUCCACAAGGACAAUACUGUGGAAGAAAAAGAAAAUAAAAGAAAGUUUGGGAAUUAAGUGACCUCAUGAUUUAUGGUGCUACUGCAUGAUCUAGAAUGUACAAAAUAAGAAAGAAAAAAAGCCACCGUUUCCCACGUCCCCCACAGUUCCAGGCCUCGGAGUAUUUUUUCCGCCUCAUCAUCCCUCCCAAAUUAAGUGAUGUAAAUUCUGAUGGGAAGAUUGCUUCCUUCUCACAAAUUCCCUAGAGUGAAACUGGACACGGCUGAGCAGUGUCUUUGCUAUACCAACUCACAAGACUCUGCACAUCCACAAGCCCUAUACAUUUGUGUACCACAACUCUGGGUCACAACCACGUGCGUGUUAUUCUAAGACUUGCAUGCAGAGUAAAAAGUUCUGUGGCUCUUAUGAAAAUUAAGCAUAAGCCACCACCCUACCUUUCUUAUUUUAGACAGCAGAGCUGAUUCUCUCUGAGGCACAUAACUGGGCUUGUAUCAGAAUUAACUCCCUGCCUGGUGGUUUCUGCUCAUUUCCUCUUUCUGACAUGCAGCCUUUAGUUCUGUGCCGUCAAAGAAGAUUAAUCUCUGUAUAUACAGAGUUUGAGCACUGCCCUACCAAUCCAGUCAGACCAUGGUGCAGCCCAUCCUAAGUUUACUAAUGCUUCAGUCUGUCAUCUCCUUCCUUAAUUAUGUCUGCACUGGCCGCUCAGAUCCUCACUGAAUUGUAAGCUUGGACUGAAGCACUGUAUGAGCAAAAGAUGCCUGAGAUCAAACAAAGAGGGCAUUGAGCUGCCACCAGUUAUGCAAAAACACUCUAAUCGAUUUUUUCAAAGGUGGAAGGAGGGGAGGGAGGUGACUGAAGCUAUUAUAGCCUAGAACACUUGGCUGGUGACUUAUAUCAUCGUAAACUUGAGUUUUUAGAUUUCUUACUUUUUUGUAAGUUAUAUAAGAAAAUUGGUCAUUGUGUUCUAUCCCUCUUCUUUCUGCCACAGCAUCCAAGCUGCGCUCACACAAUUGGGGUCUCAACUUCCUUUGGAAAGUCAUCCCCAUUUGUGGUAACAGCACCUCUUGCCUGCCAAAGUGCCCCCAGCCACCUUUAGUGCUAGAGCUUCUUCCUACAUGGCUGUGUCUCUCAGGCUCACGCCGAUGAGCUUUUAUUGUCUGUCGGUGUGUCCUCCUGUCCAACUGUCUAAUUAUGAUAUACUGUACUGUACUUGGAGUGUCUCUGCGCCCUGCCAGAAACUCGUUUUGUCUAGCCUUCUAGUGUGGGGUUGGGUGAUUUUUGUAAUGACGGGGUAAAGGCAUAUUGAAUCUUCUUCCAUUGCACAUUUGAAUAUUAUUGGGAAAUUCAUCAUUGUAACUGCUUUAAUAAACAAACGUAAAUAUCUUCUUG